UUCGGAUAAAUUUCAGAUCGAAAAUUGAAUCUGUUUUUUUGGUAAGUACGGAUCUUUUCGAUGUUGUUGUCAUUGGUGUGGACUAAUUAAGCGUAUCGGUAUUCAAGCAGCGGCUUCCAGAUCCGUAUCGAUUUUCUCUAUCCGAUCAUCCGAGCGAGUGGUGGCGUGCGCUGUGUGUGAGUGAGAGAGUGUGCGCGAGUUACCGCUUACGUCGACAGCAUCACUUUUUGACAUCUCUAAAAUGGAUCCCUUUGGUGUUGAACAAGAGCAGCGUACGGACAGCGCUGGCGAAGAAGAAGUUGAUCCAGCGGCAGCUUUCAUUGCUCAGGAACGCAAUACAUUAGCGGGCUUGGAGGAUGAUGAUUUCGACAAAGUUAACGCGUUUGAUGAUGGCUUUGGCAUGAAUGGUGAACAUCAGAAUCUUGAUGCCCACCAGCCGACGAUGACAAAUGUCCGCGAGGAUAACGCGGAUCCCUAUGUUAACGGUGUCAAUGGUGAUGACUUCAUGGAUGAACGGGAGAAUGGAUUUGGAAAUUCUUCUAGCCAGAUGAAUGGGCCGUCGGUGUUUGAGCCUCCCAAGAUCCGGCCAUCGACCCCGGAAAAGAUCCGUAAGUGGCGCGAGGAUCAGAAGGAGCGAUUAGAAAAGAAAGAUGCCGACGAAGAAAAGAAAAAGCAGGAGCUGCGCGAACAGGCUCGAAAAGAAUUGGAGGAAUGGUACCAGCUGCAGGACGAAAACUCUAAGAAGGCCAGGAAAAACAACCGCGAUUCGGAGAAGGAUUUCGUCAGCCAGCGUGAUUCGGACAAGCCCGGCGAGGAAUGGGAGCGUGUGGCACGCAUGUGCGACUUCAAUCCCAAAUCAGCCAAAGGCACGAAGGAUGUAUCCCGUCUGCGUUCCAUUAUCUUGCAGCUGAAGCAGGGCGGUUAAGUGCAGCACACCCUUUCACGGGACGAUAACAUUUAAGCGACCUUUGAAAUUCGAAUAACGUGAAACCUAAAUAUUGAAGUUUUUUUUUGUUUUUUAUGUAAUUAUUUUCGAUUGAUCCGUGCGCAGUGCGAAUCAUUGUGUUGUCGUGAUACUCCUUGUUUUUAUAUAAUAUUAUUCGCUUAACGGAGCCCAGACGCCGCUUUGUAUUGCGCGUACCUCGGUGACAGCCCAAUGUUUUCCAUUUUUAUUGACCUUAGUUCAACUGCUGGAUGUGGUAAAUACAUUCCCUGAUUUUAAUCUGUCAAGUCUGCUUUAUUCAAGAUCACAAUAAAACGAUAAAAAACUAAGA